UCACAAGCGAGCCACCGCCUUCUCGCCUGCGUUGCCAUACGACCCGGAAGUACACCAAGCACGCUCACGCAUGUGGCGUGCGUUCCCGUACCUUGAACCAGAGAAUCAUAUAAAAUAUCAGCCAAUAAUGACUGAAAGAACAUUGAUGAAUCACCCAUUUUAAAGCCCUGAUUUCAGAACACCUAAUACUGAAAGUCUUGAAUACAGUAUAACUACAACAUAUAUUUAAAAAGUAAGAUUUAAUUUGGAAUCAAAAUUUGUGGGUGUGCAAGUAUGUCAGGGCUUAUGUUUAACAUGAUUUGUGAUCCCAGUCAAGGAGGCAAAUCGAAUAAAUCCAAAGGAAAUGAAAAACACGAACGUUUUCUUGGAAGGAGACGUUUUCUGGAACAAAAGGGUUUUUUAAAAGACAAACAAAACAAAAAGCGAAAUGAAAAGAACAAUAAGAAAAAGAGAAAAAAGCAGAGGCACACGCAGAUCAAUGGAGGGGAUCCAUCGAAACCAGGUGCUAUUUUUCCUCAGUUUACCACCACUCUGCAUGUUAGGAUGAAUGAGCCUUCCUGUUCCACACAAACACUUUCCCAGAAACCCUCAUCUUCAGUUUCAUCCACUGCCUGCACUUCUCCGGGAAAACAAACGCACAGGGUGGCGCCCCGCACUGUUGGACCUUUAAAAUACUUAGCAAUGGAUUGUGAGAUGGUGGGAACAGGACUGAAGGGGAGCAUCAGUGAGCUUGCCCGCUGUAGUAUUGUCUCCUACAACGGUGAUGUUAUUUAUGAUAAAUUUAUCAAACCCAUCAACCUUGUCACGGAUUUCCGUACACGCUGGAGUGGUGUCAGGAAGCAGGAUCUACGCAAUGCCACACCAUUCAGUCAGGCACAAAAAGAGAUUGUGAAGAUAAUGACAGGAAAAGUGAUUGUGGGCCAUGCCAUCCAAAAUGACUUCAAGGCCUUAAAAUAUUUCCAUCCUGCCUGCCAAACACGAGAUACCUCACGGAUUCCGCUGCUAAACCAUAAAGCUGGACUUCCUGUGCAUGAAGUUGCUUCUUUGAAGAGGCUCACCAAGGCUCUCUUCAACAAGGACAUACAAACAGGGAAGGGAGGCCACUCAUCAGUGGAAGAUGCCAAAGCCACCAUGGAACUUUACAAAGUAGUGGAGGAAGAAUGGGAGCAAACACUGGCUUCUCAGCCUGUCUGCUAGAAACAAUUCAUGUAGCUUUGAAUCAAAGAACAGUACGAAACAAGAUCCUUUUCGUAUGCAUCCCCAGUCCUAUUAUUUUUCUAUCAUUAGUAUUUUCAGAAACAAGACUUGAAGCUCUGCACUAUCUUUUUGUAACACUUGAACUCCUCAGCUGCAGAGGUUGGGUUUGAAAUCCACUAUCGGGUUCUUCAGUUCCUAUACAACAAAAGUGAUGAUAUUUUAACUCAUUUUAUUGAUUCUUUUUUAUCUCAACUUUUUGUCACUUUGAGACAAUUUAAUUAAUUAAUUUGCUAAAAACAAUUUGCUAGCUGUUCUCAUGGAUCACUUUUGUUGUUCUGUUCAGAAACUCAAGCAAAACUAAGUUCAGAGUGUCUCCAAUAAGUGCAGAGGGGGAAAAAAGCUCUCUGCCCAUCUUUAUUUCUCAAGUCUGAUGAAGAAAACGAGUCAGCAUUUCUCUUCUAUUGUGAAUUCAACACUACCACAUGAUCUAUAUAGUUCCUUCUGUAUUUAUGUUCAAAUCAACAGUGCCUCAACUGAUUAGUCAGAUCUCUUUUCCCUCCAAACCCACUCAAAUAUCAGUAAGUCUGUGUUUAGAAAUCUGGUUGCACCACAUUGGUAAUGUUUGGGAAAUAGACAAAUUUUCCUUGCCCAGCAGUUUCCCAGGAGUUAAACAAGCUUGUUUUAGAUUAAGCUUAAUCUGUGAGUAGUGAACCAGAAAGGUUCAAUCUGAAUGGUGAAACACAAUCCAGAUCUUACAUUAGAGUUAAUGGUCUUCCCUCUGAGCAUCUUUUCUGUUGGAAUUUUUGUCAUAAUCAAUUAGAUUUUACCUCUUUUAAAGAUGUGAACAUAUAACCUGCAGGGGUCCACAAACUUAUUUUUAAUAUUUCUUAUGAUCACUAUGCCAUAUCUAAAUGUAAUUUUAAUAUGACAUCGCGUUAAAAUAAAAGUGAUUUCUAACUGUUUUUAAUGCUGUUUUACCAUCUUCUCAACAUACUGAUCUCACAGUAAAAGUAGUUGGUUGAUUAUUUGUAAAAAAUGUUUUGCUGAAAUCGGUAUUUGUUCACUGAAUUGCAAAACAGUUUUCCCUCUGGCCAAAGUGGGUGUAAUGUCCACAGUGGGGCGCUAGAAGCGAGUACAGGCUGUUAUACAGUGAAGAUAAAUGCAUAUUUUAUAAACUAUCUCUAAUCCUAACCAGCAGUGGCAUACAAAUGUAAUGUUAGAGGGAAAAAUGCAACCUUCGGAUUGAGUUCAUCACUUAUUAUCCGAACAUGAUUACUUCCUGGUUUUAACAUGGGAUCUGAACCCAGGUCUACCAUGCUCCUUAUGCAACGUGCUUCUGGUCGCACCAAAGGGGAAGGUAAACACUCUGGAGCCAAUUCAGAAAUAUGUGAUGGAAGAUGGUGAUUGUCGGACUAAUGUUGGCUGAUCCUAGGGUACCUGAACUCUCGAAAACAACAUGCUGACUUUGUGUGAUCAUGUUGUUGUAAAAAUAAAAAAAAGUUAAUCGUGAUUAUUUUAGAUAACUCUCCAAUCUCUUACCUCUCUGAUUUGCUUAUUUUUAAAAUAAACAUUGAAUGAAUACAUUUAAUAGAACUUUUUCAUUCUUUGCACUGCUGUGCAUGAUAAACCUUCAAUGUGUUAUUGGUGGAGUAUCUAGUGUUGCUGACGUAGCAAGACUUUGCCAGAAGUGAAAAGACUGACCAUAACUUGUCGUUUAAUGAAAUCCAACAGUUUUUGGCUGAAAUCAGGGUUAAUGCUGUAGAGAGGCAAAAGUCAGUGUGACAUUAUAUUUUCCCAGUCGUGGCUUGGAUAUGGAUGGUAGUAAUGUCUGUAAAACAGAUCACGUUUUUAUAUCCUCAGUGGUUGGCAGGUAGAGGUAAUCUUGCUCAUUACCAGAUGAUUAUCAUCAUGCAAGAACCAAUAUAUAAUGCACUGUAACUUAUGUAACAUUUAGUCUGGUCUUGACACAUAUAAUGAAGAGAGAGCUCUAGAUGUUAUCUGUGUCUGAAGACAAAUUCACUUUGUCUUAAGGUCCUUGGGUUGAUUCAGCAUGGCCAAAUGUUUGUGAUCACCCUAUAUAUUUUACCUUUUUUCUUUUACUUUUUUUUUUUUUAAAUAAAAAGAUCAGUACUUUUAUUGUUUCAGUUGUUAAAUUCUGUGUGCCAUUCAGCACAGUUGCAGGCCUACAGUAUGUAGAUGAUUAAUGCAUGGAAGGUGUCAGAUACAGCAGACUGAUAAAUAUACCUUUAAACAAUGAUUUCAGGAUUGUCUAUCAAUUCUUUUUACGUUGUGUUGACCAUUUGUCAAAA